UUUGAGAGAGAGGCGCUUCUCUGCUGCAAAUUGUUUCUCUCUUCCCUUUAUAAAACCGCUUCCGUCGUCAAUGGCGUGAACCUAAACUAAAAAAACCAUUCUUCUCUCUUUUCAUUUUUUUCAUUCUCUCUCUCUCUUCUCCAUCGUUUUCACACUUUUCUCGCCGCCCUUUAUCCUUAUCCGAUAAACCCAUCAAAACCCAUAGAUAAAAACAGACUCUUUGUUCUUUAAACAGAGAUCGAAAAUCCAGAGCCGCCGGAAUAUACAACCGCCGGUUACUCUCAGGGUUAGUUGAUUUCGUUCGAUUAAAAUAUCAAAGAAGAUGAAGUACGUGCUUGUAACAGGAGGUGUUGUGAGUGGGUUAGGGAAAGGAGUUACAGCAAGUAGUAUUGGUGUUCUUCUUAAAGCUUGUGGUCUUCGAGUUACUUCUAUCAAAAUCGAUCCUUAUCUAAACACUGAUGCUGGAACCAUGUCUCCAUUUGAACACGGUGAAGUUUUUGUCUUGGACGAUGGUGGUGAGGUGGAUCUUGAUCUUGGAAAUUACGAAAGGUUUCUGGAUAUCAAAUUAACCAGAGACAAUAACAUCACUACUGGGAAAAUUUACCAGCAUGUUAUUGCUAAAGAGAGGAAAGGAGAUUAUUUGGGAAAGACUGUUCAGGUUGUUCCUCAUGUCACUGAUGCAAUUCAAGAUUGGAUUGAGAGAGUUGCGGUUAUUCCUGUUGAUGGAGAGGAGGGUCCUGCUGAUGUUUGUGUUAUUGAAUUAGGUGGAACUAUAGGUGAUAUUGAAUCCGCGCCUUUUAUUGAGGCGCUUGGCCAAUUCUCUUACCGUGUUGGCCCAGGGAAUUUCUGUCUGGUCCAUGUCAGCCUCGUGCCUGUGCUUAAUGUUGUUGGUGAACAGAAAACUAAGCCGACACAGCAUAGUGUCAAGGGGCUACGAGGCUUGGGCUUGACGCCGGAUAUCUUAGCUUGCAGGAGCACAAAGGCACUUGAAGAUAAUGUGAAAGAAAAACUAGCUCAAUUUUGCCAUGUCCCGCUUGAGUAUAUUUUCACUCUCUAUGAUGUUCCCAACAUUUGGCAUAUUCCUUUGUUGCUAAAGGAUCAGAAAGCUCAUCUGGUAAUCUCAAAAGUGCUCAAUCUUGCUAGUAUUCUUAAUGAGCCUUCUCUUGGGGAAUGGACUUCCAGAGCUGAACUAUGUGACAAUUUACAUGUGCCGGUGGGUCUCAGCUCUCAAUUACUCCUUAGAAACCGUAACCUUAACAUCUCUUUCUUAACGCAUCAAAUGAUUUUACAGGUGAGAAUUGCUGUUGUAGGGAAAUAUACCGGCCUCUCUGAUGCUUAUCUAUCUGUCCUAAAGGCUCUCUUACAUGCUUCUGUGGCUUGUCGCAAAAAGCUCGUAGUUGAUUGGGUUCCAGCUUGUGAUCUCGAAAAAGAAACUGAGAAAGAGAAUCCAGAUGCGUAUAAAGCUGCUUGGAAGUUGCUAAAGGGUGUAGAUGGAGUUCUUGUCCCUGGAGGUUUUGGUGAUAGGGGAGUGGAAGGGAAGAUUCUUGCUGCAAAAUAUGCCCGUGAAAACAAAAUCCCUUUCCUUGGUAUCUGUCUCGGGAUGCAGAUUGCUGUCAUCGAGUUUGCACGAUCAGUUCUCUGCUUGCAUGAUGCAAACAGCACAGAAUUUAAACCCGAAACCAAACAUCCGUGCAUCAUUUUCAUGCCCGAGGGUUCGAGAACUCAUAUGGGAGGCACUAUGCGCUUAGGAUCCAGAAAAUCCUUCUUCAAUGUCAAAGACAGCAAAUCCUCAAAACUAUACGGAAACAAAAGCUUUGUCGAUGAGAGGCAUCGUCACAGAUAUGAGGUGAAUCCUGAUAUGGUUGAACGCCUUGAGAAGGCCGGUCUUUCUUUCGCUGCGAAAGAUGAAACUGGCAAACGCAUGGAGAUCAUUGAACUACCAAACCAUCCUUUCUUUAUCGGUGCUCAAUUCCACCCCGAGUUCAAAUCCAGACCCGGGAAAGCGUCUCCUCUGUUUUUAGGACUCAUUGCAGCGUCGUGUGGCGAGCUAGACACAGUCCUGAAUCCAGCAUCUGCUCAUCAACAUCUGAUUAGCAACGGUCCAAAAAACGUUUACGUCAAUGGAACUCCCAAGAAAUCUUCCAAUGGCUUGGCUGAUGUAAGAUAUAAUAACGGCUACUGCAAUGGCCUCUACACUAGAUAGCUGCAUUUGCUGAAUUCUCCCUCUUUCCCUCUCCUUUAAAAUUAUUGCUUUGUUUUCGAUUUAGUUUGGAUUUUGGUUUGCUUUCUUCUUAAUAAUCUUAGGAUUUUUCCUCUGUACAUAUGAUCCAAGCUUUUGUUCAGUUUUUUUAGACUCUUUUAACAGACUUAUGUUCUGAAAAGACUCUAGAAACGUCUGAAAAUGGCGGUUUGAUUCCCCUGCUUUGUUUUUUUUUACAUCAAAAGGGAUUUCAUAUGAUCAUAUGUACCGGUGGAACAUUUUGUAUCUCGAUUUGGUCUGAAGGUGAACGAAGCAUUUGAUAAAUAAAACUUUUAAGAUAGAAACC